AUGGCGUACAAUCACAACUCCUUUUACUACCAUUCUUCCAGCUGGCAGAACAACCUAUCCUUCGCUUGCGGCUUGCGCAAUUGGCACGAUUUCGAGUGCAAGCCCUCCGAGCACUAUGGCCUCAAGCCCGACGCGGCCUCGACGAAGGGAAGCGACCGGGACACCUGCUGCGAUGUGAAGAAGUGCGAUACCUUCAAAUGCCCCAACGACACGAAAUGGAAGUCCAAGAAGAACGCCAUUGUUGGCAACACCAAAGAGGAGUGCUGUGAAAAGAUGACCUGCGACAAGUACACUUGCAGUGACAAGUCCAUGCAACUUCUGGUGAAUCCCAGCAAGCGCUUGGGGAGCACCGACGAAGAGUGCUGCGAGAAGAAGAGCUGCAUGAACUGGAAGUGCAGCGAUGCCACGAAGUGGGUGCACCGUGCCGACCAGAACGCGUUGACGAACACCGACCGCAAGGGUUGGUCCGAUGAGGAGUGCUGCGAGAAGCUGAUCUGUUUGCCUGAGAUCUGCGAUCCGGCUACAGCAUGGAAGCCCAAGAAGAAUGAUGGCACCCUGCAGGGCUCGACCUUUGAACAGUGUUGCGAUCGCAUCUUCUGCGAGGACUUUGUCUGCGACACCGACGUCGACAAGACUGGCAAGGGUACCCAGUGGUACAAGAAAGUCGACACCAACCACUACAAGUGGCAGGGCAGCACCAACGAAGAGUGCUGCCAGCCGAGGUAUUGCAGUCAGUAUCAGACCAGCCACCCCACCCGCUGGAGGAGGAAGUCCGACCGGGGAGCCCUGGGUUCCACCGACGUCGAGUGCUACGAUCCGAAGCUCUGCUCGGAGUACUGCUGCGCCGACGACAAGAAGACCCUGAUGCCCAAUGCAGAGAAGAAGCAAGGGAGCACCGAUCAGGAGUGCUGCAUCGACAAGGAAUGA